UCCAACAACAUGUAAGAAUUCUACUAAGUAAAUUUAUUAAUAUAACUCCAAGUACUAAAUACAUCAUACUAAAACAACAUGUAAAUAACAUUAGUAAAAUUAUAAAUCAUAAUCAUACAGUACAUGUAUGACUGUAAGUUUCUGAAAUAAAAGAUACCAAACAUACUGAAUGUCGUUAUGUUCAUUAGACUCAAUACAUCACAUCCAGCAAAAUAAAUUUACUAAUCCGGCUCCAACAGUGACUUUAUUUGUCCAUAUCAGUAGCCUGCUAAGCUCAGUGUACUGUUUAUUCCAAAACAGCCUAUAGCACCUUCCUGUGCAUCCUGUUCUUUUCCUCCUUGCUGUUGUGCUAUCCACCCCUCCACCCGCAUCUACCUGCCGGAGAAUAGCUGUGCAUGCCUUGGGCAACCAUUCAGGAUUUUGAUUUCAAGCUGAUCAUUGCUCUGGCUGUGGCAAGGACCACAAGGAGGCUACAUGGGAUUCUGGUGACAGCAGACAUUGCUAUGGCUGCGGCAAGGACCACGAGGCUACAUGGGAUUCUGGUGACAGCAGACAUUUCUCUGGCUGUGGCAAGGAUCACAAGGAGGCUACAUGGGAUUCUGGUGACAGCAGACAUUUCUCUGGCUGUGGGCAAGGAUCACAAGGAGGUUACAUGGGAAUCUGGUGACAGUAGACCAGGAGAAACUAUGGGAGUGUACUCACAAAAUCUACUCUGUCCUCUGCCAGUGAUGAGGGCAACAAAUUUUGGACUGAAAUCAUCUCGAAAAAUGGUGAAGGCCAGGCAUGUAUCUGUGACUGCAUACCAUGAUCAUUCCAUGAGGUGCUGCAAUAGAAGAAAACACCUGCAUGAUAUAACAUAACAAAUGGUUUUAUUUAGGUUGUGCCUCACCCAGAAUACCUGUCAUCUUCCCAACUUCAUUCAUUCAUCUGUAAUCUGUCAAGACGACAGGUCCGCAGUCUCUUCCAAAACAGUUCCUCCACUUG